UAUGCUGCGACGAGUGAUUGCCACGUCACCUUUAAGAGACUUGUGUGUUUGUUUGGGGCUACUUUAGUUGAAAUUUCUGAUGUGCCUUUGAAUUCGCUGCAUUUAGCUAACACUGAUAGGUGACAAAAUGCUGACGACGGAGGACUUUACGCACUUCCCUCUCCAGAUGUGGGAGAAGGUGCUGUCGAAGGUAAAGAAAGCUGUUGUUUUUAUGGAUGACAAGUGUGCAGAGGCUCUCCACUGGAGCGGAGGUGCAGCCGCCUUAUUGGAGGCAGGAGCCAAAAAUUUAAAGCAGUUUUCAAGCUUCGAAGCUUGUGGUGCCAAUGAACCGAAAGCCGUGUUUGUGGUGAGCACUUUGCUGAAGGGGAGAACAGUCGACAUCAUUAAAGACAUCAUAUCUCUCAGUCACUUCCAGUAUUGUGUUGUCUUCACCACCGUCGCUCACUCCGUUCACCUGCUCGCCAAUAAUGUCACGGCAGAAAUGGAAGGAAACCCCGUAUUUGAGCAGUUUGAAGAAAAACUAUGCGAGUGGAUGGGAAACAUGAACUACACGGCUGAGGUUUUGCAUGUUCCAGUGGUCUUCGCCCCUGUAUCACAGCAGUUACUUCUCACACCCACGUUUGCAGACCUGUUUCCCCUGCUUUCACCUGACCUGGAGACAAUAAAUGCAAAACGACCGGAGAAGAAGAGAUUUGGGAGCCUGAUAGAUAUAGACAUACACUCUCUCCCUGCUGAACUACAGAUUGAAAUCAAAUCCUUGACUUCAGUAUUAAAUGCAAUGUUUGAAGCCACAGGUACCAGGGAAGAGAGCUUUGCUGUAGGUCCCAUGAGCCGCAUCAUUGCAGGGGAACUGGCCAGUCACCCUCAAGCAAAAAAUCGAAGGAAAACAGCACCUAAUAAAGCAUCAAUCAUCUUUGUCGACCGAACAAUGGAUAUUACAGGAGCUGUUGGUCACCAUGGUGAUAACCUGGCAGAGAAGAUUCUGACCGUGCUCAAACCCUUACCUGGUCAUUUGACAGAUGUACAGGUGGAUAUGCUGGCACUCACCAACCUACAGCGCAACCCUCACCCCCAGAACACCCUGGCCCCCGGCUGUCUUGCAAACAACCAGUCGCCUGCAGCACAGUCACUGUGGGAGGCCAUGCUGACCAGUAAACAUAAAGAGGGGGUGAUGGAGGUCCGACGGCAACUGGUAGAAGCAGCCAGUAAGGAGAACCUGCCAAUCAAGAUGAGCAUGGGCCGUGUGACCCCCGAGCAGCUGUGCUCCUACGUGCAGCUGUUCCGGAGCAAUUGGGGGGCGCUAGAGAGUCACUGCGGGGUGCUCCAGCUGGGCCUGGCUGCAGCCCAGACUCUCUGCCACCCCAGCCUGCCCCGCUGGGAUUCCUGCCUGGCCUUUGAGCGGCUGCUGCUGCAGGCUCUUGGAGACUCUGAUUUCCCCGCUGUGCUGAGGCAGCUGCUGCCCUUGAUGCAGCCCCGUGGAGGCGAGGACAGCUCGGCCUCGGGGUCGAGGUCCAGCAAGGAUGACUGCAGGCCUGAUGAGCUGAUCCUCCUGCUGGUCUACCUGUACUCCCUGGCCGACGAGGCGCAGCCUGCAGAGCAGAACGCCGAGGCGGAGGAGCUGGAGAAGCUGGAGAGGGAGUUGAUAGGAGCACUCACCCUGCUCAUCACCCGAGAGACAGAGCUCAGCCCUUUGCUCCAGAAACUUACCGGCUGUGCAAAUCCCGAGGAGCUGACCAUGGAGGUUGCCCAUUCUGCAGUGGAGGACAUGUUUGAGACCCUCCGAGGUUUGAGCCACGCCAGAGAUCACCUCAAGCAGCUGCGCUCCGUCUACACUGCCAGCGAUGGAGUUCACCAGGCGACCUAUCGUCCGUUCCUGCGACAGAUCCUGGAGGAAGUCUUCCACCCUGACAGACUUGAAUGUCCCGACAUUGAGCACAUGUCCGGAGGUCUCACAGACCUGCUCAAGACCGGCUUCAGUAUGUUCAUGAAGGUGAGUCGUCCACAUCCCAGCGACAACCCUCUGCUCUUCCUCUUUCUGGUUGGAGGUGUCACACCCGCAGAGCUUCGUCUUAUCAAAGAGAUUGUCACCACACACAAACCAGGGACUCAGGUGCUGGUUCUGUCCACCAGAUUGCUGAGGCCGACGGAUAUGCCCGAGCUGCUCUUCACCACCCAAAGACUGGCGCCGGAUAUCGGUGUCUAAAAAGGCCAUCACGUGGAAACACACACCUGCACACGUGGAAGGACUGGUGCACCACAAACAAAAGCUGAAAAUGGAAACCAAGGAAAUGAUAAGCAAAUGCAACAUCCCUGCUCAGUUGUUUGACCUAAUUUAAUUCUAAAGAGAACUGUAAAGUAAUUAUAUCGAUAUUGGUUUUAUCUUUCUUGGAAACAGUAAAGAAAUUUUACAUCAA